CUUCUUUAUUCAGGUGCUGGGAACACAGGGAUAACUCCUCUGGAAAUGUGUUCCACUUAACAAACAAAACCCAUCCAUUUUAUUUACUUUUUCUGCUGAAUGAUCAAUAUGUGCCUUCUUUUACAUACUAUGCAUACUAUGCCCACUCUUAAAUUUAACCUUUACAUUGAUUGGUUCUAAUAGUUAAUAACUUCAUCGAUAUUCUUAUUCUAAAACAAUCAUUGCUCAUCUCUCCUGAGGUCUAUGGACUGGAAUCCUUAAUCUUAAAAUCAAGAUGGGAAGGAUAGUGGGUCUCCAAGCAGUGUUAGUGGUGAGCGUGACUGCAACAGAAGGGUCCAGUAACUUCUACGAUUACAUUCCAAACACAGCACUCCUGACAUUUCUAUACCUUAUAUUUCACAACUGUCUACUUAUAAUCAUAGCUAACCCUUUUAUAUUAUCUGAUUGUUUGAUCAAAGCAUUCAUAACAAGAGCAAACAGGAACAGCAGAAGCCAGGGCAGGGGAGACAGGGAAAGGCAGCAGAGAGGUGUUUGGGCUGAAGGGGAUCCUGAGGAAAAGGGAGGAGAAGGCUUUCCCUCAGCCUGUGCUUCUCUUCUCUUUCUCAAAACAUGACCAAGGAAUCUCAUGUUGGCAGGGAUGGGCCAAAUAUCCAGUUUGCUGCAAUUUCCCCAGCUGUGGCUGCUUGGCCAUGACAGGGAAGAAGGUCUAAAAAUGGAAAGGAGGAAAAGCAGCCCCCAAACUGGGCAUCUUUGGAGUGGCAAUUACUCCCGUUCCUUCCUGUUGGUGAGGAAGCUUUGCCUGACAGAAUGACACAACAGGGGAGGGGGGAAGGGGCCCAUGGGCAGGAGCUCUCACAGCUGGGUCACGCAGAGGGGGGGGUGGCCCACAGGGCUGUCCAAAGGGACCUCCAGGCGGGCCAACCUCUCCCCCCGGGAUGUGGUGGGCAGUUUCCGUGUGACGCAAUGUCAGCACGGUGAUGUGACAAUGCAGUGAUGUCACAUCACCAUGAUGUAACAAUGCCCCAUCGCUGGGAGACCUCUGGAGCACGAGGAGUCAGCGUGGGAUCGCAGCACCACGAGAGCUCUUGGAAGGAGCUGUGGAGCUCCACCUCACUGCUGGUGUCCUGCCAAAAGGCAGAGGCACUGCUGAGUGCACUGGGAAUUACGGGGAGGAAAGCAGUGGGCUGAUAGAGCUUAGCCGAUUGGCCCUGGAACUCCACACCAGGAGACUGAACCACCAGACUGAUGAAUUCUGACCUGCUGGACCUCCCACUCGGAGUCAAGAUCCAUGUGCAGCCCAAGUCCAACUCUGUCUUCUGCAGGGGAAAGCUGGGGGAAAAGCUUCACUGGCAAUGUCCUUCUUUCAAUCUGGACGAUCCCUACAUGCAUCACCUGAACCUGCAAUACAACUGCCUGCAUGACCCCCACCUUCAGGACUACCACAAGCGCAAGGACAUCCUGUGGAUGCUGAAGAAACAGGGCUUUGUCACCAGUGACAACAAGGUGAUUUGCACUGUGAAGGAAUUCAAUGAGUACAGGCAGUACCUGACCAGGACCAAGCUGCAGUCAGAGCAGAUCUUGAGGCAACAAGAGGAAGGGCUUCUGCCACUUUUGGCCAAAUUAAAGGAUGGUCCCAAACUGUCAGGAAGCACUGACACUUCCUGCAGGGCACAGUGGCAGCUGCAGCCUCAGAAACCUUCCUGCCCACCUCCACAGAAGAGCAAAGAGACGGCCCUGAAAUCAGGGAGAUUCAGAAGAGUGAAAGUACCUUUAGACAAGGGCCAAACCCACUCCACAGCUGAGCUGGGUCAGGAAGAUGCCAGCAGAGCCGAUGGCUCCCAGAGGAAACCGGACAACACUGCUGACGGCCUCUUUAAAGCUGUCGUUGAGCAGCUGACCACAGCAGAAGCCCAGAAGCUCCAAGAGCUGGUUGAGACCAUUGUGUACAAAGUGUUUACGAGGCUGAAGGUUCCUUGGGACCAGCGUGUCAAUUUUUUAAGGAACACUGCUCAGGGGAUCAGAGGAAGUGUUUUUGGCAGCUCUGUGAGAACAGAGUCUGCAGAGACACCACUAGACCGCCAACAGGAAAUAGAACUGGUGGCCAAGGAGCUUCUAGCGAUGGUGUUGGAGAUCUUGGGGGACCAUCUGGAGUCCAAAGAAGCUUCUGAGUCAGGAAGGGCAGCCAGGCAGAAGGAGCAGCUUGUUGAUGGAGGAGCCACCCAAGCAGACACAUCCAAGGAAGCUGAAACAGACAGAGGACGUUUACAGGCUUGCCUUGACUAUCUCACCAACCAAGUUGUUAAGAAUAUUUGCUGCCUCUUGAAAUCCAUGGUAGCUUCUCAGUUUGGAGGAGACUCCAGCUGUGAUUACACUGAAAUCCUGAAGCUUCCCAAGGGUAAGGUCUCCAACAGACAGAUGCCACCAGGAUUCCCUGGAGCAUCUGAAGAACAGAGCCAGGAAGAAAGUGCAGGAGUAAAGCUGCCUGCCUUAGGACCACAGCCUCAUGCAAAAGGGACUGGCUAUGCCAAAACCAAGGAGCCUGAGCAUCCUGCAAUGGUGAAGGGGAACUUGGUGAGAGAAAGGAACCCAACAACCUCAGGCAACACUUUGGACAUAAGGACCAUGGCAAAUUGGAUCGUUCAGUCUGUAUUAGGGCGGGUUGUUCGGCAUAGGCGUGCACCAACCCCCAGACAGAAUUUCCAGUGACCUGUCACAAACCCAGCCACAUGCCAAGGUGGACAGGAGAGCUGUGCUGCUGAGGACACUCUCCCCUCCUUGGGCCCACAUUUUUCCCGACAGCCCAUCCCUCCAGAGGGUCCAAUGCCCCCUGCCCAGGCCAGAGCACGGCGCAGAUCAGUGCACCCAAAGCUCGUCUGUGGCAGGAGAGCUGAAGGGCCUCUAGACAGCAAACUUCACACCCUUGUUCCAUCAAUAAAGAGUUUAUCCAUAA